AUGGAUAGCAACUACAAGGUCCCUAAUCAUGCGUGCACGACAGCAGAAAACUCGCACAACGAAGCUCUGGAUCUUUUCCAUCAUCGAUUCCAGGCAGGAGGCCAACAAGCCCAAGAAGAAGUCUUUCUGGGACAAAGCACGCCGUACCUGGAGGCAGCUUGUGAAGCCAUUCAAGUAGCUGGGGUGCAGCCUCACACCACACUAGAUGAUAUCUGGGGGUGGCCAGAUGCCCAAGUGAUGGCCAGCGGGGUUGACUUCUGGGAUGAAGAGGGCUUUUGUUACUGUCUUAGCCCAGAGAAGGUGCGCUCACUGGAGUCAUUGUCAUCUGCACAGAGUGUUGCAAGCUUCAGCUUUGGUGGUGAGGAAUUUGAAGGGAAAGUCCUGCGAGAAAUCACACAGAGCGAUGAGGGUUAUUCAAUUUUGGCUUUGGGACCAUCAUACUCCUCGCUUCCAAGUCGUCUGUCCACUGAAUGUACUUCUUCGUCUACGCGCAACAUUGUCAUGCCCUCUCCCCAAGCCAUCAUUAUUCCUGGCACGUCUCGUACGCCGAGGGUUAUUGACCCUGAAGACCCCGAUGAGGGCGAAGACCUCGAUUUGCCUGACUCUGAUUGCCCUGGCUUGCGCCCCCAAGAUUUUGGCUUUCUCGCACCAGACCACAUCCGACCACGAUCUCCUGUGCCAGUUACGCGCGCUGAAACAAUCACAGUUACCCUUGGGAACUGGGAACGCCAGGUUACAGUCAUCAAGCCCAAUGCGGAUUAUCGAGACAUACCGUCGCCUAUUAUGCAGCCAGGCUCUCCUCCGCAGCGUCCUCGCAAGCCUUCUCUCGGUAAUUUUUACAAGGCCCCAUCACGGCGAGACUCUGAGGAGACUCACGGAUUGGGGAUCUUGGAGGAGUCUUCGGUCGCAGCCAACAACAACGAACCGUCUUUUCUACCUCCUUCGCCGGACCUCAAGAUCCCAGAACGCGCAGUCAGCUUUACGAAUCAUCCAAGCAACUCCGAUGUGUCUUUAUUCAACCUCGGUUCUCCAAAUCAGCCUCUAUCAUAUGACGAGAAACAGCAGCAGCAACCACAACACCGUUCGGCGCUCGAUUCUACGUUGCAGUCUUCUCUACCACGCUCUCGAGGUCUUGCCAAACUUGCUUCUAGCUCGUUGACUAUGCAGCCAGUUCCCAAUCUGCGGUCAUCUUACCAAAUGCCUACUGCGAGACUGCCGGCGCGAGGACAACUUCGCCAGAACGAGAGUAUCCGGCCUCCAGUCAUACUUUCCGUGCAGGUUCCUCAGGGAAAUGAUUUGAGUUGGUCUGCACCCGUUUCGCCAGAGUCGAAAAAACAAACAUCUCCAGGUGUGGUUUUUGAGCUUGACGAGGAAUUAAACGACUCAUGA